GGAUGGCAGAUCCAAACUUCUACGAAAUUUGCAACGUGCUUGCCAUCGGUCCCAGCGGCAAGGGCUUCGGCAAAGUCUGUCCACGUGACAGCAGAGCAAACUGUAGCAUCGUUGAUGCCUUGGACGCGCCAGCACAGGGCAGAGCCACCCACUUUGUCUCGUGGUGCUGGCGCUACCGACUAGAAGUUGUGGUCGAUGCCGUCCAUACAUGGAUACAAUCGUCGCAGUCCACUCCAUCUGCUGGUGAAAUAUUUCUGUGGAUGUGUUUUUUUUGCAAUAACCAGUACAGAAUCCUCGAAGAGGGUAGCAUGUCCGGCUCUGCGGAACUUCAGACAAUCUUCGAAAGCCACCUGGCCAGUGCCGGCCAGAUGCUGGUCAUUUUGGACACCUUCCUAGAACCCUCUUACUACUCGCGCGCCUGGUGCCUUUUUGAAACUUAUGUCUGUAUAGAGCAGGGGUUCCCACGGGACAUCCUACUGCCCAGCAGGGAGCUUGAGGUCUUUAAAGACAUGAUGAGAAAUGGUGAGGCCGAGCCCAUGCGUCGAAAGAUCCGUCAAAUUGACCUGCGACGCGCAGAAGCUACGGUGAAGGCUGACGAGGACAGGAUCAAAUUGAUGAUCUUCACCUCCUGUGGCUUUGACGCGGUGAAUCGAGUUGUCCAGACAGAGAUCCAGAAAUGGAUAUUGAAUGCCUUUGCCAUGUACAUGAGUGAUUAG